AUGAGUGCAACGCUCGUCAGGAGGAAUAUGGUUUAGUAUGUGUCUGUGACGCAUCUUACUGUGAUCAGCCAGGCAUCAUCGACUUCCCUGAAGAAGGUAGCUUCACCGUCGUCACUACUAGUGAGGAAGGUCUCAGGUUCAACGUGGAAACUUUUCCUGUCUCCAGCGAACAGACCCCCGAUGCUGUGGUAGUAACUCUGGACCGGGAAGACGUAUAUCAAACCAUUAUCGGCUUCGGGGGUUCCUUCACAGACUCCACAGGUCUUAACGUAGUCGGUCUUCCCAGCGAGGCUCAGGAGUACUUCCUUAGAUCCUACUUCGCUCCUGAGGGACUGGGAUACAACUUGUGUCGCAUCCCUAUCGCUGGCAGUGACUUCUCCACGAGACCAUACUCCUACGACGAUGUUGAAGGAGACAUCGACCUUGUAUACUGGAACCUAACUAUGGAGGAUUACAAUUAUAAGCUUCCCCUCAUCAAGCGAGCUAAGGAGUUGUCACCUUACCAAAUAAAGCUGUUCGGCUCCCCCUGGUCCUCCCCGACGUGGAUGAAGACUAACGGCAUGUUUAAUGGGUCAGGAAUACUAUUAAAGGAGAUGUGGCAGCCAUGGGCCAACUACAUUGUCAAGUUCGUUGAAGCGUAUGAGGCAGAAGGAGCUGAAUUGUGGGGUCUCACUCCUCAGAAUGAACCACUCUGUUAUGAGUCUGAUUGGGCUAUAAACUGUUUAGGAUGGUCGGCGGAGGACAUGCGAGACUGGCUCAAGACAAACCUGGGACCCACACUGGAGGCUGCUGGGAUGAGACGUCUCAAGAUGAUGGUUGAUGACUUCAACAGGGACACGCUGCCCUCCUAUGUUAUACCAUUGUUUGAGGACCCAGAGUGUGAUCAGUACAUCGACGGUACAGCAGUACAUUGGUACUCAGACAAGUAUGUGAGUGCUGACGUUUUGGAUCAGACCCAAGCUCUGUCUCCAGAGAAAUUUCUUCUAUACACCGAGGCAUGUCAAGGAGUCGGCGAGGAUGGACAAUAUCAUGUGCACCUUGGGUCGUGGACUCGCACAGAGGAAUAUACUCACUCCAUGAUAGAGGAUAUAAACCAUUAUUCAGCUGGUUGGGUGGACUGGAAUAUGGCUGUGAACAGGCUGGGAGGACCCAACUGGGCCCAUGGAUCCCUCGAUGCACCCAUUAUAGUCGAUAUUGAUGCGGGAGAGUUCUACAAGCAACCAAUGUUCUACGGUCUGGGUCACUUCAGCAAGUUUGUGUUGCCUGAAUCUCAACGCAUACACUCAGUGACCACAAGUAACUCGGUGGAGACCGUGGCUUUCCUGGACCCCACAGGCCGCACCGUCGUCGUUCUUCUUAACACAGGUGACAGUGAGAUAGAUGUGACAGUGAAUGAUAACUCCGGCAAUUUUCUUAAUUUCAAGACACCUGCCAAAGCCAUUCAGACAAUCCUCCAUUAGUAUCCUACUGCCAGUAAAGGACAUGCAGGACACCAUCUAACAUCUAUCCUGCAGGAUCUUUUACAUCUCACUACUGAUGCCUUGAUGGUACUCUUCCAUGAGGAUGCAUAACUACAAUUAAAUUUUUAUUAAAGCCUGGGCCGAGUGUAACAUCUGAUGAACAAUACAUUCCUCUAAACAA